AAGAGCUAGAGGGGAGAGACAGACAGACUGAGGGAGGGAUAAAGAGAGAGAGAAUAAUACUGCAAGCAACCGAAGCAUAGCCAGUCCGCACAAAUAGGAGGAACAGCGUAAGGUACCAGGGAAUAGAGUUAAAUGUUACAUUAGCUAUUGUAGCUGGGCAAAAAGACAAACCAGGAAUAGAAGAACGACCGAGAGGAAUACAGAGAUUCAAAAUGGAUGUACAGUCGGAGAGUAGCGAACCCCCACCAUGCGACCCCCAGCCUCCUGGAAAAAUCCGAAAGGCCUUCAAGCUGUUUGGGAAGAGAAAGCCAGGCAGCAUCUUCUCCGUGCGCGGCAAAGGUGAGGGUAACAACAAGUCGCCUAUCGCCAGGAGCAAAACAACUGAUGGGUUAAAGGAGUCGGCGGAGCCGGAGACUGAGAAGGAGCAGGAACCAGAGGUGAGUCAGGGAAAGGAGGAGGAGGAGGCAGUGGAGGAGCCCCUGGGUGAUGAUGGAGAUCCGCACGUCCCUUCGGCUGGCCGGCCCUCCAUUUCCUCCAUGACCUCCGCCAAAUCCCUCAGCUUCCUGAUGAAGCUGCGGCGCAGCAGGCGAGGAGGACCAGACCGGAGGUUCCGUACGGAGUCCCAGCCGAAGGGACGCCAACGUCGGGGCCUGAAGGGUCUCUUUGGCAGCAUGAGAUGGAACCAGCAGGAGAAGGGGCCCAGCGACGAUUCCGAGACGCCUCCGAGCCCACUCCUCAUGGCGUCCCGUACGAGCAGUGUGGAGAUCAUCAAAGAGGACAUGACUUUGACCCCCAGGCCUGUACCUCGCAGCCCGGAUGUCCCAGAGCCUGGGCAAGAGUCCCCUGUUUCAUCCACGAGCCCCACAGUUCAGGGGAGCUCGUCCUCAAGCCGGCUGGAGACGACGGCUGCCUCAGUGGCUACGGACAGUGUGACUGGAUCUACCGAGGAUGUGCCCCCACCCCUGCCCACCACGGAACCCCCACCAUUGGAUCCUCCUGUGGAUCGUCUCACAUCCCUGCUCGCAGACAUCUCCUCUCUGAUAAGCUUUGACUCUCUGACAGGAUGCGGAGACAUUUCUGCUGAAGUGGAGGCGGAAUGGGGCAAAGCCAGCACCACUGUUUGGGCCGGACCUGGGACUAUGGGCCCUGUGGCUGGAGAGAAAGCCCCAUUAACUACGUUUUCUGCCAGAGCUACCCCUACCACUAAACCUAGCCCAACCCCUAUCCCUUUGCUUACUUCUACAUUUAAACCUACCAAUUCCUCUGCACCUUUUACCAAACCAAGCUCCGCUUUCACAUCUACAAUCAAACCUGAACCUACCCCUACUACGACAACCAAACCCUCAACUACUCCUUCAACUUUUACAAGCUCUGCCACUAAAUCAAGCCCCUCCCCUUUAACAAAACCCUCCCCUCUACCAACAACAGAAUCCUCCCCAAGCCCCUCCCCUUUUGGCAUCACCUCUAACUCUCCCCCUUUCACGCCGUCCUUCACCUCCACUUCUACUUUCAAACCUACUCCAGUAGUUACCCCUUCUCCUGCCCCUAUAUCUAAACCUGCCCCAGUAGUUACCCCUUCUCCUGCCCCUAUAUCUAAACCUUCCCCAGUAGUUACCCAUUCUCCUGCCCCUAUAUCUAAACCUGCCCCAGUAGUUACCCCUUCUCCUGCCCAUUUAUCUAAACCAGCCCCAGUAGUUACCCCAUCUCCUGACACUAUAUCUAAACCUGCCCCAGGAGUUACCCCUUCUCCUUCCCCUGCAUGUAAACCUGCCCCAGUAGUUACCCCGUCUCCUGCACCUUCAUCUAAACCUGCCCCAGUAUCUCCCCCUGUCCCUGUGACUACCCCAUCCUCCCUUUCCUCAGUAAGUGCCACAUAUUUUGCCCCAGUGGCCAAACCCCCUCUUGAAACCAGUCCUGUCACCUUUACAUCUUCCCCACCGCCCCAAACGAGCUCAAGUGUGGAUUCCACUUCCGCCCCUUCCUCCCUAACACCCUUGUAUCCUGCUGCUGUCCCGAGCUCAGCAUUUAAAAUCCCCUACAUUCCUGUUCCGGUGCCGACCUCAUUCACUAGCUCAGCGACGGUACGAACGGCCGCUAUGAUUCCAGCUGGCCCUGAGUCUCCAUCUGCCGCUGAUUCAACCCCCGUCCACAUGUCUAAGGCUCCUCCUUUUCCGACACCCACAACCACAACAGCAGUCCCCAAGGCUUCCCCUGCCCCCUGCCUGUCCUCUCCGAUUCUCAGCCCAACCCAGGCAAAGCCUGGUGAACGCAAGUCCUCUCUCACCAGUCCAAACGGUUUGGAUGUACGGGACACCAGGAACAAUUCAACCAAGAGAGAAGAGAAAUGCCAGCGGCCACAAAACGAGACACACAAGGUCCCCCAGGGACCCCCCACAGAGAAGAAGACGCCCCCAUUGAAGGCGGCAGGGCUCAGUAAGAUCCCCGUCUGCGGUGGAGGCCGGUCGGGCAAGCUGCCGCUCCGUGAGACUCAGCCCACAGACGAGGAGGGGAGCUGGGACCCAUCGACUCCGGGGCGGGAAGAGGAGAGUCCCCGCCCUGGCCUACGGCACGCGGGUAGCAAGGACACAAUCAGUAACUCCUCUUCUGUAGCCGACGGCGAGGCCGGCCCGGCCACCGUAAAACACAGCCCAGAGGAGAGCCGUCAGCUGCGCCAACCAGCAGUCUAUGGCAGCGGGUCGCGCGACUCCAAGAUCCCUGUCAAGCUGGGGGCCCAGUCGAACAUCCCUGUCCCCCACGGAGCCAAGGAGCCCCCGCGCUCCAAGAUACCUUUGUCCAAGGUUCCCGUCCGCAGGAUCGCCAAUAAACCCACAGCCCCAGCAGCGGCCGGCGCCCAAAUCCGAAAAUAAAGGCCGGAGAACGCCCAAAUGGCUGCUUUCCUUCAAAACGACUUUUAAUAUGAUCACACAGACACUUCCCUGACCCUAUUGUCCCCGUUUGUUCUUUAUAUUUACAAGGACGGUCAAGUUACUUUGUUGCUCUGGUUUAUCUCCGUGAAUAUUCUUCAUGAAUGGCUUACUAUCCCACAUGACUGUCACCACUCUGCUUCAGCACACCAUUUCACACUCUGCUCCAGAGCCACUAUAACAUGGAAGCUGGGGCCAAAGCACAACAACACAUCUUCCCUGGCCGCCGGACCAAUGACUCCCUCUCUAUAAUGUCAACUCGGGAGAUGCGUUCAAAUGUUCAGCACUAAUCUCAAACGGGGGUGAGGAAUUGAUGGAGGACAGUGGAGGCAGAGUUUUAUGGGAUGUAUUUUCUACGGAUGCCCAGUAUGCAACACAUGGACCAGUCAAUCUAAGGGUGCUUUUUUCCUACUGACUAUCAGAGUGAAAAAUCUACUUUUUCUACAAUACUUUUUAUCUUUUGUUACUCCCUCUUUUUGUAGAACUGUCUAAAAGAAAAUCCAGUUUUAUUUUCCUGCAAUUCCAUUUGAUAGAUGAAACUACAGUUCUUUUUUCCUCAGUCGGGCCAUGGGAGGGUCCACAUCUCUAAAGAAACGCCAAACUAACAUCCUCCAUCUCUGGAUGUAGCAGAAAGCUUGCCAAUAUGAGCCAGAGGACUUCCCUCCUUUCUUCUCCGCGGUUUUGUUGUACCGUGUGGACCACCUGCCUGCUCACAAGUCACCGUCAGUCACACUAUGAACGUCUGGGAAAGACAGUUGCUCUGGAUAGCGUUCCUGUUGGAUAGGAGUUAAGGAUGGCUCCUCUGGAAGGUUUGGACAGGGGGUGGUAAGCCUGUGUAGCGGACCUGUGCAGUUUGUGUAACAAUGAGCGAACGCUGAGAGCUUGAGGUUUCGGAGGGGUGCAUCACGUUUCUAAUUCCACGUAAACAUAGUCAUGUAGAGGACAAUUUGUGUGUAUACAUGGUCUGUGUUGUUCCGUUUCCUAUAUAAUCAAUAAAACAAUGUGAGUGCACUUAUGUAUGCCACCUGAAAACGGCCCUAGGACUCAUUGUAAUGUCACGUAGCCAUUUUGCAUCUGCUGUUUUCAGUAACAUGAGACUCUGUGUGUAACAACAACGAUGUCAGCUCUGCACUAGCUUCAUCUCAGUAGAUGGCAUAUUUGCACACCCACGUACGAGGCGGCGGUUCAGCUGAAGGAGAUCUGUGUCAGUGUUAUCUUCGAAGGUUGUCAUGCACGCACCUCCAACCGUAGUGUCUAGUUCUCAGAUUGCAUACAAAAGGAGCGGAUACACCGAUCGUAAGCAGCGAUAGAGCAUCUUGAUUUCGGAUGUGCAACAAGCCGUGGAGGAUUAGCCUCUGUGGUGGGGAUGAAGAUGCAUGUGUGUGAGGCAGACCGAGCUGAGAGGGUAGGGGAACCAUCCCACACAGAACUGCGUUCUUGCAGUAGCAUUAUGUAAGGCCUGACACCAUUAGGAAAGAUUAGCGGAAGCCAGGACAGCAUGGGAAAGAAGCAUUUUCCUGUCCUUCAACGCCCCUGCGGGCCGGUGCCUCCAAGCACAGUAUAGCACAUUAUGAUGGUGGCCGUGAGCUGAAAGGGUUGUCAGUGGAGCGACAUUCCGACAUGCUCCAAACCCACUGACCUGAAUAGCAAACGCAUGUUAGGAGAACGCAGCCAAUGAGCUGAGAGAGAGCACACUGCAGGAGCAUGCAGCAAUAUCAAGAACACGGUUUAAAGCCUGUUGCGGGUGUCAGACAUUCCCACGUGCGUUAAAUGACAUCAUUCUGCUUGUACUUGCUUUUUAGUGCUCGCUUCAAGACCAAACCAGAGGAACGACAUUCCAGCGUUCUUUAUGCUGCCACACCUCUGGACGUACAUAACCGUCCGUGAUCACUACUGUGACGUUUAAGAUGUUGUUAACGUGCGAUAGCAGGCGCCCUGUAAUGUUGACUGCUGUUGCUUGGGUUCUGACACACACACACACACACACACACUGUGGUCACUGUUAACACUGGAGAACAGCAGAACGUCAGGCGAGACGGGUAUUGAUGGAGUCUUGGACAGUUGCAUUGGAUCAAUGGCAUAAUGGACUGAUGGCAGGGAUAUAAUAGAUGCCACAUAAUGGAAUGAAAGGAAAAUGAAAUGACGAGGGAGUCAGGCUGUGUGGGCUGUGUAGAGUCACAGGGAAGGGUUUGGGGCCUGUUCUUACUCUUCACGGGUAGGGGAGGGUGGGCUCAUCGUUUAGCUGAAGGACAGGGAAACAAAAGAUUGAUAUCUAUAGACGAGGUGCAGAGCAGGCCACAGCACAAACAAAGCUCUGUUCGCUGAGUGAAGCCUGAGGCCCUAAGCCAAAAAGAGAGCAGUCGCCGUUUCAUAGGAGAAACACGAGGACUUCAACACAUCAGAUGCUGGUUUUGGACGUAAGCACUGUGAAAACCUCCCUGGCUGUUAAAAGACCGACAUCUUACAUCUUGUUCUAUCUACGAGGCUAGCUGAAGUGUUAAAUAGCAGCCCUUUAGAAAUUCAUAAUACAGCUGGGUUAUGGGGUAGAAUGGUGUGCUUAUAAUGUAGCGACAUGUAGAGCAGGAAAAAGUGGCUAACUGUUGGAGCUGCUGUGUGUGGUUAGAGGUGGUUGGUGGCAAGACGCUAACAGUAGGAACAUUAAUGAGGGAUUAUAUUGGAUUUCCUUGCACUGUGAGAGAAGUGUGGAAAUAUAGGCCAUUACAAACCCAGAAUUAUAAUACAUUAUAAUAUAUAUAUAUUGAGCUCUGAUCAAGUCUGACUGUCUGAAGUGGUGUUGCUCCAGUCUCUGUCUCUUCACUGAGAGUAUGCUGGACACUGGGCCAGAUGAGAACCAUCACUAAGGAGGGUUUAUAAUAUCAGUCAUAAGCUCAUUAUGUUUGUUAUAUAAGUCCUUGUGAAAUAGGAGACGAGAUUAUGUGAGAUGGAUCUGUUGCUAUGUUCUGCUCGGACAAUACGGCUCUGAUAAUGCAAGCACAUACUGGACACGUAAACAAGUCCAGAGCCAUAGCUGCCCUUUGUUGCUUAUUACUUAACAUUAUUUCACGGGGUCCGCUUGAAAAUGUAUUUUAGCAUGAUGUAAGACAUACAGAUUAUAUCAGUCAGUGAAGAAACAAUCAGCUGACACCGGCUGCUCUUUCUGACGUUAGUCAUCAUUUCACCCUCAAGUUGCAAAAGCCAAGCGUAGCCACAAGCAUCUGACGAAGUGCCCUCCUGACCCAGAUAUGUUACACAAAGUUACCAUCCCACAUUGCAUUUGGGUAACUCAGAGUACAGUCUGUGCAUGUGUGCCUGUCUGCCUCUGCCUUGUGAGAAAGGAUGUGCUCAUUUAGAACCUAAUUUAGCAUGCUUCAUUUCCAGUGUCUCCAUGCCAACCCCACUAGGUCAACCAAUGAAAGCGCUGGGAGAGUGGAGUGAAGGGGAGUGGUUUGGAUUAAUGUCCAAAGGGCCCCAAUGUGUACUCAUCAGGAAAUGUAUGUGAUAUUAUGCAUCAUACAAUGCUUGGAUGUAUACAUUUCUAAAUAUAUACCUAAAAAUCACUCACAUAUGAAGUAACUGUACCUGUACAUUUGAAAUACAUACUAUUUUGAAGUGGUUAUUAUGUUGUUAUGAAAUGUAAAAAAACAAACAUGGAUUUUGUCUCUAAAUCCAGUUUGUGCAGUAAAGAAAAAAAUGACUUUA